CGGGGCUUGCUGCGGAUUCCGAUUUUAUAUAUGUGGCUUCGUGCAGCGUUUGCUGAUCCCUCAUGAGCUGGCUGAUACGGGGACUCCCGGAGUCCGGUGUUGCCAUGGCCUGAGAAAACCUCUGCUCAGCGGUUCAUCUUAUUAAUCUUGGAGGAGAUUUCGCCCACGGGGCUUUGGCUGUUGGCACUUUUGCCUGUGGAGUUUCCUCCAUUUCCCUGGGUUCUCCGAGCAGCAAUUUUGAGCAGUUAUAGCUGCGUCUUUCAUUUAAAGAGCCUUGAACUGAGUUUAGUGGGGGUGAAAAUAUUUUGAGUUCUACUGCUUGUUCCGGCUUCUGAGAGUUCCCCCUCUGUAAGCCUGGUGAACUCUGCACCCCCCCUCCCAAUUUUAAGGCUGGUUGGGGAAACUGCUUGGGCCGGCGGCCAUUUUCUCCAGCUUAAUUUGGCGGGAGUGCCAUUUGCACUGGUGAUAGUGUAAUUUCUGGCGGGAGUAUGAUCUUGUUUUGGUGGGAGCGCCAUCUUAAUGGGUUAAGCCUUAAUUAUUUAUUUUGUAUUGUGGGAGAGCUUAUCGAGAUGCCUGUUAAAAGGAACCCUAGUCCUGCUCUCCCUUCAAAAAGGGUAAUUAGAGGCCCGCCUCAGUCGCAGUGUUCAGUGCAAGCCCCAGUAGUUCCUCAGCAAACACUGGAUCGUCUGGGUUCUAUUGUUGCCAAUAUUGGCUCAGACCCUGCGACCUUGACAAGGUUGAAUUCACAGCUUGAGUCAUUGGCUCAGGAGUUUGGGAGGCAGCCUGAUCCCCAGCCUGGCCCCUCCUCUUCUACUGUUUAUGAAGCCCAUGGUCCCUCUGAUGCAAGUGAAGGGAGUGAGGCUUUUGAUUCUUCUGGGGCUUUGUUUUCCCAGCUGCAUUUUUCCAGGAUUCCAGUCCCAACUAGUCCCAGGGGUUGACCCAGGAGUAUGGGUGCCACGGUUCAGCAGGCCUUUCAGCCCAGACUGCCACGUUUGCAGUCGGCACCCCCGGGUUCUGGGAGUUCAGGGCUUCCAGCAGCGCAGCUUAUGGGGAAAGGAACUUCUUUUCAGCCUAGCACCUUACAUGUUUUUAGUUCUGUUCAGGUGCAGUCGGUCCAUCCGAGGGAGACGUUCAGCAUCCACUCUUCUGAGGAGGAUCUUCCGGUGCCCAGGGUCCCUUCAUCCGAUGGCAAGCAGCAGAAGAGUCGUCGUUCCAAGCACAGGGCCAAGAGGCGGAAGGAUGGCGAUACCUCCUCUUCUACAGUUGGCAAUGUUGCAAGUUGUGGUAGGGAGAUGAAGCCAGUGGUGUGGGCGAAGGUGUCUGUGGAAGGCACGCCUGUGGCAAUGGUGGUGCAGCUGGGUGAGAACGAUUUGCCGGAAGCUCCCAGCUUGAGCCUGCAGACCUGCAUGCGGGAGAACUUGAAAGAGUUAAAGGCAGCUCUUUCUGGACUCAAGAUAUUUUGGUCACAGCUGUUGCAGCGACGUGCAUGGCGAGGAAGCCGAUGCCCAGCUGCCACCAAGAGGGCCAGGAGGCAUGUGCAGAGUGCAGUGGCCAAGAAGGUUCUGGCCUUGGGCAGGAUGGUGAUCCAUCACCCGGGCAUUACCUCUCGUGAUGCGUCCCUUUACAGGCUUGGGGUUCAUCUGUCUGUGAUUGGGAUUGAUUUAUGGCUGACCUCCGUGUCAGUGGGGUUAAGGGAUUGGUUACAGGUCUGAGUGUCUGGCUGCAAGCACGGGGCUUGUGUGGUGGAUAGGCUCUGGUUCAGGUGAUAGGGAUGGGAGAACGCUCUCACCAUCCCUAUGUGAAGGGUAUUCCGUUAA